CAACAGUCUGAGCAAGGCAACAUUAUUAGAGACACCGUGGGUUUCUCGCGAAGUUGGUCUUACUUUAUACUCAGAAAACGGAUGUAUGCUGUUGAGCUUUUUCUACAGAGGCUUUAAGCAUUAAGUUUAAGCAUUUCUGAAAGCAAGAUGGACGACAGAGCUGGUCCUGAUUUCAAUUAUACGAAUUGGAAUCUUAAUGACACAAUGGAGGAUUCUCAACUACUUUCAAUACUGUACCAAGACAUGGACAAAGGGAAAUUUAGUAAAAGUACCGAAUAUAUACUAAUUAGUUGUUUCUCUGUGUUGAUUGUGUUCGGAGCCCUUGGAAAUGGAUUGGUUUGCUACGCUGUGGCCAAAAACCCUCACAUGCGAACGCCUAGAAAUAUCUUCAUCAUUAAUCUGGCAAUAUCGGACUUGACGCUUUGUCUUUUUACUCAACCAAUAAAUUUAUACAAACUAUUACGAACACAAUGGGCACUUGGUGAGUUUAUGUGCAAAUUCGUUCCCAUGUUCCAAGGAACAAAUGUUUUUGUUUCUACAAUCAGCAUUACAGCGAUAGCACUCGAUCGGUUUCAAGUCAUUGUUUACCCCACAAAGGAUAGUAUGAAAAAGCUUGGUGCUGUGGCUGCAUUGCUGUCGAUAUGGAUCAUAUCUUUUUUCAUUGCAAGCCCUUUGCUGAUAUUUUCCAUUCACAAGGAGUAUAUGCCGUUUAAUGACAUGAAUAUAUACAUAAAAUAUCGUCUGUGUUUUGAAGACACUUCUUUACAAGAAGAAAAAGGUGCAUACUCUGUUGCAUCAAUGGUUGUUCAAUAUAUUUUGCCAAUUGUAAUCGUGACUGUGGCACAUCUACGUAUUUGCAAUAAACUAAAAUACCGAAUGGCAAGUCAGCAGAAUGCAUUAAAUGCCAGAUCUAAUGUUCAAAGACAAAAACAACGGAGAAAUUCACAAAGAAAGCGGCGAACAAACAUCCUGCUUGCGUCUAUUGGGAUAAUCUUUGCACUAAGUUGGCUACCUCUGAAUAUUUUCAAUAUUCUCAGUGACUUUCGGUUGGCAUUGUUUCUUGAAUCCAUCAAUAUCAAUUUGGUUUAUGUGAUUUGUCAUAUGCUAGUGUUGAGCUCGGCAUGUACGAACCCAGUGCUGUACGGAUGGUUGAACGAAAACUUUAAAAACGAGUUUAUGAAAAUCUUUUGCAAAGGUUGUUGCAUCAAAAUGUUUCAUCUAUGUCAGAGUCAUCGUGAAAAUGGUGUAGUGGUCGUCAUGUCUACAGGUGGACACGGACGAGAUGGACAUUCAACCACUGCACAUUCUAUCAGUAAUAUAGCGACCCACAAAACGCAGAUUGAUUCCAAAGUUUCUUUGUGAUCUCUUUGAAAACAUUGUCAGAAUAGAUUGGUUUUUUUUUAAAAAUAUUAUAAUGUAAUAUAACAGCAAAGUCAGUGCGCUCAUAAUUGUAGAACAAAAUAUCAACUCAAAUUUUGUCCUUUUUAACCCCCCCCCCCCCCUCCACCAGAAAAAAACCCUUACAGAUUUAAUCUCAGUCAAUAAAACUAUCCAGAGAAAUUGUACAUGUACUUUGUCUUGUAUUGGACUUUAAUUUCAAGAAAACCCGAUUGCAAACGAGGACAUCUGAGGCUCAUGUGCAACAUUCUUUCGAGAAUAAAUUGUCAAUUUUUGCUCUUCUUCCCCUCUCUAAGUUUUCUGAUGAAAAUUUGAAACUCCCGUGACAGAUUUGCCCUUGUUUCAAGAGUUUAUGGUUUUUACAAACGAAAAAAUAUUUGAUUUAUGUCAAAUUAAAAGUAUUUCAUUUCUAUGUUUUGUUUUGGUUGCAUCCUAUGAUUUUAGUUAUGCGUGCAUAUGUUGAAAAAUGUUCAUUUGUUCGCGGUGCAUUUCAAGAAACACUAAGCAUCUUUUCUGUUGCUCCAAUAUUCUUCUUAGGUUCACGGUCGAAUAAACAUAAAAAAAAUCACUACAUCGGGAAGCUCUAAAUAGUUACCUGUUUUACCAAUGUAUGUACUUCCUUAAUUUGUUUUCAAAAGAUCUUUUUUGUAUUUUUCAAUACUUCAUUUGCUGCCUUCUCCGGACGUUCUUCCUUUCGAAAUAAACAAUAAAAUACAGUAUAAUUGUACAAUUUUUUUCCUCUUCAAAUUAAUACCUAACAAUGGAGAAUAAUGGGUUGGAACAUUAGCAAUGAAUUUGUGAGUCAUGACUUUAUUAAAUCUCGCUGGGGGUUUCAUAAUUUUAACAUUUCCCAAAAACUUGUAAACAUAAUCUAAAACAUUGAGAGUAUUUUAAUUAUGAUGUACAUGUACUUUUAUCCACAUUAGUAUCGACUGGUGCUCCAUGGCAUCUUAAGAUUGCUUUCAAAGUAAUAUAACAUCAAAUUGAAAGUUUUUUAAAAAUGGUUUUGUAAAGAUGUUAACAAUUAUUCUUAUUUAGAAAUUUGCAACAUUCUUUUGGCUUCAUAUUGAUUUGAGCAUAGAUAACGAGCUAAAUAAUUUACGCUUUUCAAGGAUUCUAACAAAGAAAUACACCAUAUCGAUUGAAAAUAUAUACAUAUUGUGACAUUGUAACAUUUUGAAUUUUAAAGAUUCUCACAAAUAAUGGUAUAUUUAUUCUAAUUAUAGGUCUAUGAGUAAUUAUCAAGGCAUUUAGAAUCCACACAGUGCAUAUAGUAUAUGAUUUUAAAAGUAAGAUAAAGUAACCGAAUUCAUUUUUUGUAUGGGUAUAUUGCUUUAAAUUAUAUUUAAGUGAAAGCUGUUGUAUUUUUCCUCGUAUUUUUGAACUCUGUUUACUAUUUCUAGAAACAAUUGUCAAAAUAUUAU